ACGGUGCGUAAGCAUUUUUGUUAGUGGGCGCGAGCGAGACGAUAAAGAGCAAGAAUAGACGCUGAUGUACAGCAGCAUUGACAGAGUCGUUAUUGUUGUUGCUGCAAGUCGCGCGCGUCGAUUAAAAUGAAUAUUUAUACGAAUUGAAAUCAAUUGAAAAGUGCGGUCAAAACAAAGUAUGCGAUUUAAAAAUUGCAACAGAGGAGACAAAGCCAAUACAUACAUUAAACAAAAAGCCGAGUGUGGAACGUAAACCACACGUUUGGUUCAGUCCAACACAAACAGAGGCCAGGAGCACACGCUUCCUGCCCAACACACAGCAUACACCACAAAUAUAAAAACACACAUUGAUCCAGAGAUGACAUCACGCCAUUACAUGUGGCGCUUAGCCAUCCUAGCCUUGGGAUUCUGCUCCAUUGCAGCUGGCGUCUAUUUAUUUCGCAAUUGGAUCGACAUAUUUACACGCAUGCGCGGCAAGGAAAUGGCGCUCAGUCCUACUUCGCGGGCAUAUGAUGGCUGGAAGAUUUCACCAUUGCCGCUUGAUUUUGAUGUCUAUCUUUUUAACUGGACAAAUCCGGAGGACUUUUACGUGGGGUCCGGUAAAAAGCCACGCUUCGAACAGUUGGGGCCCUAUCGAUUUCGCGAGAAACCCGACAAGGUCGACAUAGCGUGGCACAAUCAAAACAGUUCAAUUUCAUUUCGGAAGAAGGCUUUCUUCUUCUUCGAUGCCGAGGGCAGCAAUGGCACCUUGGAGGAUAACAUAACUACCGUCAAUACGGUGGCACAUGCCGCCGCACUACGCACACGUGUUGCGAACUUUUUUGAGACGUUUGCAAUUAAAAGCGCUCUAGCUGUCUCGGAACAGCGUCUCACCGAGACAAAGACCGCCCGAGAAUGGAUGUUUGACGGUUAUGACCAUCCACUGGUCAGCACUAUGGUCACUGUGGGAAAAAUGUUCCAGGUGUCUCUAGUGCCCUACGAUCGUGUUGGCUUUUUGUAUCCACGGAAUGGCAGCGCCGAUUUCGAAGGAUACCUAAACAUGUACACUGGUGCGGAUGACAUCCGUAAAAUGGGUCAGUUGUAUGCUUGGAACAAUAAGACACACACAGGAGCUUUCGAUGGCGAGUGUGGCAAUGUCUACGGCUCCAUGGGCGAAUUCUUUCCGCCUAACCUAACUCCAAAGGAUCAUGUGUCGAUGUUUCUGCCCAAUCUUUGUCGCGCCGUUCCGCUGGAUUACACCGAGACAGUCUCUGUCCAUGGUGUGACGGCCUUUAAGUUCAGUGGAACUGAACGAGCCGUGGAUAAUGGCACUCUCUACCCGGAGGAGACCAGUUGUUUGUGCGACAACGACACAUGUGGGCCAGUUGGCGUCAUUUAUGUUGGACGCUGUCAUCACAACACAUCCUUAUACAUGUCCUAUCCCCAUUUCUACAAGGCUGACCCAAGCUUGCUAGACGCUGUCGAGGGUCUGCAACCGGAAAAGGAGAAGCACGAGUUCUUCAUGACUCUAGAACCCAAUGCCGGUGUGCCUAUGGAUGUGGGUGGAGGCUUUCAGGCGAACUAUCUCUUGGAGCCAGUGCAACAAGUAAAAAUAUACCAGAACAUUCCGCGCACUUUCAUUCCCAUGAUGUGGGCCGAGGAGCGGGUCCGUGUUACCGAGGAAAUCGCAGCAGACAUAAAACUGGUGCCUCUAAUCGUACUCCUAGGUCAGAUUUUCACUGGCGUCCUGCUCGCCGUUGGUCUCAUAUGCGUCUGUUGGUAUCCCACGCGAUUGUUCGCGCGGUUCUGUCACAGCGAUGAUCCCAAAGACAAGAUGAUUGCGCUCAAGCCGCUCGCGUUUGGCACGAACGGCCCCAGCGCAUCAGCGCCUACAUGCUGUCAGUCUACACUCAAUCCGAAUGUAGGAGUCCGUCUUCUUGAUUAUAGAAGAAGUUCUGGAGUUGCAAACACCGCAGUCGCCAAGUAUGAUGACGAUGACGUAGAGAGCAACAGCAGCGAGUGCAGCAACAGCUGUGGAACAGAACGCCUUAUUAAUGAUAGUGCCCAGUGCCCGUCAACUAAUGUGAUAAUUAGAUAGUAGUUGCAUUUUAAUCAAUGCUUUACAAAUGGCCUUAGAGCGUAGCCGCCCGCCCAUAAGACUCACGUUGUCUAUUAUUUCUUUAUAACUUAGAGAGUAUGUACAAAGUGAUGACGCCGUUUGCCUUAGGUUGCAUUGUUUUUUUUUUAAUGCAACCUGUCUACAUACACAUAAUAUUGCUUUAGUCAUCACCCCUUCCCUGUACAUCUCGCUCAUGUCGCUGAGAGAGAGACUUGUAAGAUUAUUUAUUAUAUAGUGCCAAAAAAAAAGAAGAGAGAAACCUAAACAAAAAGUCAUUAAUUAUAUAGUUGUUAAGCAAGUGUACAUACGAUUUGUUGAAACCCAAAAUUUGCACACGUCCAAAGUAUUUACAUAUGUAUAUAGUAUAUAUAUAGAGACACGUAAGAAUAAUUUGCAUAAUUUGUAAUGAGUAUAAUUAAGUUCUUUUUAUACGCGUCGAUUUCAAUGAAGUGAUACAAAUAAUACAUAUUUAUAAAAAAUCUA